CGCUCUCUAGUUAGGGAGAUAAUAAUUCCGUCUUCUUCCUUACAGCUCCCAUCUUUCUUAUUGAAAAAGUGGGGAUUUAUUAAUUAGGGGCAAUGAUUUGAAAAGUGUGUUGUUUAUUUAAUUAGUUGAGGUGCAGAGGAGUAAUAAUCUGUCGGCGCCAGGUCGCUUUCUGUCGGCAUCGUCUGUAUCCAAUCCAACAAUGGUGAUGAUGAGGAGGAGAAAAACCCUUGUCUAUUAAAUACUAUUCCCCUGCACCAACCCAAUAUGCACGAUUAUUCAACUACUCCCAGAUUAAUGAAGUUUGCACUCAUCUUAAUCCAUUCUUCUUCCAACUCAGCUUCAAUGUGUCAAAAUAUAUAUCCCAAAAGUAGUCGCCUUUGCAGCUGAAGUGGUCGCCAAAUGUCAAGGACUCUUGCAGCAAUUGUAGGAGGUGCUGCAGGAGCCGUGGCAUUAGUGGUGAUUGUGCUUGUCAUUUUAUGCUUCUGUAUUCUUCAUAAAAGGAGCAUUUCAAGAACUUCUGAGACAGGAUCUUCUGAUCCAUCUGUUCAAGUUGGAAAAACUGCUGGGGUUGAAUUGACCUUACGAGAUGCCAGACGCUUCCGGAUAGAAGAAUUGUCUUCCGCGACAAAAGGUUUUAGUGACAAGAGUUUGAUUGGCCAAGGAAAAUUUGGGGAGGUGUACAAGGGAUUGCUUCAUGAUGGUAUGCUUGUAGUAAUAAAAAGGCGAUCUGCCGGCCCUAGUCCGGAGUUUAUUGAUGAGGUUCGCUAUCUCUCAUCUAUUCAGCACCGGAACUUAGUCACCCUCUUAGGAUACUGCCAGGAAAAUGAUCAGCAGAUUCUUGUCUAUGAGUACAUACCGAAUGGAAGUGUAUCCAUUCACUUAUAUGGCGGCGGUCAUGUUACACAAGAGAAACUAGAGUUCAAGCAUAGGCUUUCUAUAGCUCUAGGGGCAGCUAAAGGUCUUGCUCAUCUUCACUCACUAAGUCCCCGCUUGAUUCAUAAAGACUUUAAGACAGGAAAUGUUCUUGUGGAUGAAAAUUUCAUAGCUAAAGUUGCAGAUGCAGGAGUACGCAAUUUUCUUGGAAGAUUUGAGGUUGCAGGUCCAUCUUCUCAAGUGGCUGCUGAUGAAAUAUUUCUUGCUCCCGAGGUUAGAGAGUUCCGACGAUUUUCUGAGAAAAGCGAUGCCUACAGUUUUGGUAUAUUUCUCCUGGAGCUAGUUAGCGGCCGUGAAGCAAUGGAUUUGCUAUCUUCCGAUUUGAAUGUAAACAUAGUUGAAUGGGUGGAGAAUUAUCAAGAUUCUGGAAACAUAUCUGCCAUCAUUGAUCAAAGAUUGGGUAAUAGCUUCACCACAGAAGGCAUGGAAGAGUUCAUGCAAUUGACUGUCCGGUGCGUGGACCCUUCGAGUGAAAGGCGGCCUACCAUGAGUUAUGUGGUGAUGGAACUGGAUCGGAUACUGGAGAAAGAAAUGAGCUUGACAACAAUCAUGGGAGAAGGAACUCCAGUUGUGACUCUCGGAAGCCAACUUUUUCGGGCUUCAAAAUAAGAUGAAGUGGGAUUAAGCUUCUUGGUUGUAUUUAUUCUUUUGUUUGUGUGAUUUGUCAGAUUAUUUACAGAAACACCAGAUUGGAAAGAGACGCGUCCAGCUGUUUGUAAACUGUAAAAAAAGAAAAAUGACAGCUGUGUUUUUUCUUUUAUUCUUUUCAUCCGAUAAAUGUACUGGAAACCUUGUGAUAGCAAUUAUUUGUUGAUAAUAGAUAAAGAUUUUCUGGCGUGA